AUGAAGCUUAGUUUCCAAUAGGAAGAGGGGAAACUCACUAAAGAAAAGUCUGACGAUCAGCAAACAUGGGAGACUGGGGAUUUCUCUCGGCGUUAUUAGACAAAGUACAGUCUCACUCCACCGUCAUCGGCAAGAUAUGGAUGAGCGUCCUUUUCAUCUUCAGGAUCCUGGUGCUGGGAGCAGCAGCGGAGAGCGUCUGGGGUGAUGAACAAUCGAGUUUGGUUUGCAACACGAUGCAACCCGGUUGCGAGAAUGUAUGCUACGACUGGCAGUUCCCCAUCUCGCACAUCCGCUUCUGGGUCUUGCAGAUCUUAUUUGUAUCCACUCCAACUUUGGUGUACCUGGGCCAUGCGGUGCAGGUCAUUCACCAAGAGAAUAAACUCAGGCAGAAGAUACAAAGUCUUGGCGAGGGCCACGUGUUGAAGGCACCCAAAUACACAGAUGAAGAAGGUCACGUCAAAAUCAAAGGAAACCUGCUCGGCAGCUAUCUGACCCAGUUGUUUUUUAAAAUCAUCCUGGAGAUUGCAUUCAUUGUUGGACAGUAUUAUUUAUAUGGCUUCGUUAUGAUUGCAAAGUUUACAUGUUCCCAAUCCCCUUGCCCGUACACUGUGGAAUGUUUCAUGUCCCGUCCAACAGAGAAGACCAUCUUUAUCAUCUUUAUGCUAGUGGUAGCUUGUGUGUCUUUGGUACUGAAUGUCAUAGAGGUGUUUUACCUGCUGUGCAAGAGGCUCAGAUGCCGAAGCAACAAGAGACGGACACAUAAUAUCAAUUCGGCUAGAAACCCUGCAAGUUUGCCAUCAUCCUGGACAAACUCUGAAGAUGCUCUGAAGCAAAACAAAAUCAACAAGCAGUUUGAGAGCGGACAGAGUCUUGGAGGAAGCCUGGAUGGGGCGAAAGAAGACAAACAAUUAAUGGAAGACCAUUAGAUUUAGAUUUUUGUAUGUUAGAAUUUUCACAAUCAGCCAAGUUUUUAGAGAAACUACAGUUAAUCUUUACAGUUUGUUUUCCAUAGCCCUUAGCUUCCAGUAUUUACACACUUGAAAAAAAAAAGUAUUGGUAUGAUACUCCUCAAACGGAGUGUGUUAUUUAAUUAUUUUAUGAUCAUUUUGUGUACAAUGCAUGUUUGACUUUUAAUUGGAUAGGUUUGAUAUACUAUGGUGAAAAAAAAACGGUUAUUAUUGUAUAUAUUGUGUGUAAAUAUAAUAAUAUUAAGAGUUAGUAAGUGACUCAGGCACUAUCCGCAUGUCUUGUUUGUGUGAUGUUGUCAAUUUCUUUGGCCAUAUUUUUCAUUAUAAAGAAACAAAUUUAAAGUAAUGUGUAUUCUGAAUGUAUCCUUCUUCAAAAUAAAAUUUUUAAAUCAACAAAA